ACAUGACUUUCCGUACUGAUGAACUGUUGUAGCAGGCUGAUGUGUCAAAAUGGCAGAGCUAACAACACUGGAGAGCCUUCUGGAGAUGGGCUUUGGCAGGAACAGAGCGGAGAAAGCUGUGGCCAAUACAGGGAACCAGGGGAUAGAGCAAGCCAUGGACUGGUUAAUGGAACAUGAGAACGACCCGGACAUCGAUGAGCCGUACGUUCCUCCAGCGGGGAACCUUUUAGGAGGAGAUACAGAUCAGACAACAGCAGGGGACUCAGGUGAAGCAGCAGUAAUCGCAGAGGAAGAUGAAUUAUACAGCGACAACCCAGAGGCUUCGAGACGACCAAUGACGGAGGAGGAGAAACGUGAACAGGUCAAAAGGCUAGAGGAGCUGAUGCGAGUGAAGCAGGCGGAGAGGAGGGAGCGCGAGCGAGCCGAGGAGGUGGAGCGGGAAAAGCAGCGGAGGAGGCAGGGCCAGGAGCUGCAGCAGAUCCGGCAGAAGAUUCAGGACGACGAGAUGAAGAAACUCGCAGAUCAGCGGAGGAGAGAGAAGAUGGAGGACAAGAUGGCUAGGCAAAGGGUUAAAGACAAAAUCGCACGAGACCGAGAGGAGAGAGCACAGAAGUUUGGAGGUGGCGCACCUCCGAGCACGGUGACAUCCACCCAGCCCACCCCGCCCAGUCCGUCGUCACCCACCGGUCAGGGACCCCCGCCCACGAAGAAGGAGUAUGAUGAGUCCAGGAUACAGGUUCGUCUGCUGGACGGCUCCACCAUCAACGCGGUGUUCAAGGCCCAGGAGCCGCUGGCGGCGGUGCGCGUCUACGUCCAGAUGAACGGCAACACACCCGAGGGUCAGGACUUCACGCUGCUGUCGCCAUACCCGCGCCACGUUUACACUGAACUGGACAUGGAGAAGCCUCUUAAAGAGCUGGGCUUGGUGCCUUCAGCUGUGCUGGUUGUUACCAAAAAGUCAGAAGGAUCAGCUCUGUGAGCCUACCUCACCUCUACUACGACGUCAACACGAGAACCGAGCGACCCAGGAACCGAGCUGCCAGAUGCUAGUAUCACUCACUAAGCCAGCUAGCUGAACCGAAGCAGAGACGCAGUGAAGCUGCAUUCAGACACGUUGGAGCUCCUCAGACUUUGAUGUGAGUUUUUGUUUGGGAAGACUGACUGAAUGCAGCUUCAGAUCUGCUGCAGGCAUUGAACUGGACCUUUGACCUCAGCUGGUCGAGCUGAAGAUAGCUGGCUUCUGACUGAUACUUCCCUAAGGAUCUCUGCUUGUGGUUUCAACACAUUUAUUAAAAAAAUAAAUGCACAGAACUAAGUUUAAGUCGACCCUUGUAUUGCUAAAGAAUACCUGCUAAAGUGGUUCUGAAAGGGCCUUAAGUUUAUUUCCUGUGAUCUUCCUGACUUUGUGACAUUUUACUUUCAUUUUUUUAACGAGUUCAGAUUUGCUGAAAGCUGUGUCCACGAGGAAACCGAUUACAAUAAAGCUGGCUGGGAUAAUUGAGUUGAUGUUCUGAAUUUUAUAUAAAUGAUCCUUUCUCACAUUUUUGUAAAACCUUUUCUCAUGAAAGUAGAAAACCUGGAAAUGAUGCAGCUAAAAGGUUUGUCUUCCUAAAAAUACUCUUAACCCCAUUAUCUUAAAAUUCUCUAUUCAGUCAAAUCUAUUACACUUAUCCACAUAUACAAUUUGUUUAUCAUAGAUUGUGCUUUAUUGCGCUUUAUUGUGUUAUCAUUUGUAAUUGGAAUCCUAACAAAUAUAAAAAAAAUACCACUUUAACAAAUGUAAGCCUGAAUUCUGUAUAUUUCUAUUAAAAAGCACCGGUAAAGAUGAUUACAUUGCAGAAAUAAUGCUUGGAGUGACUGACAUCACUACUGUUUACAUUAGUGAUGCGAUUCACUAAAACUAAAUUGCUAAAAAAAAAACCUCAAAUAAGACUUUCUACAUGUUUAAAUCACAGCUUCUUGUGCGUGUUUUACAUGCACAUAAUGAGGAGGGCUUUCCUUGUUCAUUUUAAGACUGGAAACAUUGGUUUACUCGUCCAAGAAGUAUUUGAUAUGUGGAAGAAAGGGUGCCAAACUGUUAGGUGGAGAUUGUUUUACAGAAAAUAAAUCCUGGAUCAGACAGAUGAGAGGAACUCAUUGGUUUUAAUUUUAACUUCUAGCAAAGUACCUUUUUUAAAAAUAAAAAUUUAUUUCCAUG